GAAGCUCUGUCUCCUCAGCCUUGGUAGCCAGCCCCUGCCUGGCAAAGACAACCAACCCCUGAACAAUGCUGUCCUCCACUACAUGGGGCCUACUCCUGUGGGCAGCCCUGAGCUGUCUGGUCCCAAGCAACCUGGCAGAGGAGCUCCAGGGAGAAGCAGUGCAGGACACAGAACAUGCAAAGAUGGCCUGCCAUAAGAUUGCCCCAACCUUGGGUGACUUCUCCUUAAGCUUGUACCGCCAGGUGGCACAUGAGUCCAACAAAUCCAACAUCUUCUUCUCUCCCAUGAGCAUCGCUGCAGCCUUGGCUCUGCUCUCUCUGGGUUCCAAGGGUGAGACACACACCCAGAUCCUGACAGCUAUGGAAUUCAACCUCACGGAGAGAGCAGAGGCUGACAUCCACAAUGGCUUCCAGCAUCUUCUACACAGUGUUAAUGAGCCCAACAACCAGCUGCAGCUGAGCAGUGGCAACGGCCUCUUCAUUCAGCAAGGCUUGAAGCUGGAAGAGAAGUUCCUGGAAGAUGCCAAGAAGAUGUACCACUCAGAUGCUUUCUUCGUUAACUUUGAGGAGACAGAAGACGUCAAGAAGCAGAUCAACGAUUAUGUGGAGAAGGGCACCCAGGGCAAGAUCACAGAUUUAGUCAAAGACCUUGACAAAACUGCAGUAUUUGCUCUCAUCAAUUACAUUUACUUCAAAGGGAAAUGGGUGAAGCCUUUUGAGGCUGAGCAUACACAGGAAGAGGACUUCCAUGUGGACCCGCAGACCACUGUCAGGGUGCCCAUGAUGAACCGUCUGGGCAUGUUCCAUGUCCACCACUGCAAGGAGCUGUCCAGUUGGGUGCUGCUCAUGGACUACCAUGGCAAUGCCACAGCCAUCUUCUUCCUGCCCGAUGAAGGAAAGAUGUCACAGCUGCAAGACAAUCUCAGUAUGGAGAAGCUUAACAAGUUUCUCGAAAGGUCACACCCCAGUUCUGUCAACUUAAAGAUGCCCAAGCUGUCUAUUUCUGGGACCUACGAUAUGAAAAGCAUCUUGAACAAAAUGGGCAUCACCAAGGUCUUUGGUAAUGAUGCCGACCUCUCAGGGAUCACCACAGAUAAGCCCCUGAAAGUGUCUCAGGCCCUGCACAAGGCAGUGCUCAACAUCGACGAGAGGGGCACAGAGGCAGCCGGGGCCACGUUCAUGGAAGCCAUCCCCAUGUCUUUACCCCCAGACCUAUUUUUUGACCACCCCUUUGUUGUAAUGAUCUAUGACACAAAAGCUAAUGUACCCUUAUUCAUGGGGAGGGUGGUAGACCCCACGCAAAUGUGAGCUCCUGGACCAGUUCCUUUCCACAAGACUUUGCAAUAUUAAAAAGCCAUUUCUGGUCUGGCCCAGAUGCGAGUAAA